UCCAUGGGGUCUUGGUACCGGGAAGAACCGUCCUUGACGUUCGGGACACCCUCGGUACCGGGCAGGAAGGUCCUUGGAACAGAGAAGGAUGCCGGUACCGGGAAGCCAUGGAGGUGCAGUCCUACUACACCAAACUGCUGGGGGAGCUGAACGAGCAGCGCAAGCGGGACUUCUUCUGCGACUGCAGCAUCAUCGUGGAGGGCCGGAUCUUCAAGGCGCACAAGAACAUCCUGUUCGCCAACAGCGGCUACUUCCGAGCGCUGCUCAUCCACUACAUCCAGGACAGCGGCCGCCACAGCACCGCCUCCCUGGACAUCGUCACCUCCGAGGCCUUCUCCGUCAUCCUGGACUUCCUGUACUCCGGGAAGCUCGACCUGUGCGGGGAGAACGUGAUCGAGGUGAUGUCGGCCGCCAGCUACCUGCAGAUGACCGACGUGGUCAACUUCUGCAAGACCUACAUCAGGUCCUCCCUGGACAUCUGCAGGAAGAUCGAGCGGGAGGCGGCUUUCUACCAGGCGGACAGCGGGAGCUCUGCCAGGGAGGGCACGUCCCUCGGCCCCCGGGGACAGUGCCCUGCCCCUGGCUCGUCCCUGCAGGAUAAGGAAGGGGUCUCGGGCUGCCAGCGGGACCCCCCGUGCGGGGACUGCAGCAGCUGCCACCCCCUGGAGCUGGUGGUGAGGGACCCCCUGGGCGGCGACUCCCAGGACGGGGUGAACUCCUCGCUGCCCAGGGGGGUGGAACCCAAGGUGGAGUUCGACCCCGACGACGACGGGGAGGUGGAGGUGGGCGAGAGGCUGCCCCAGUAUCCCGCCCCGCUGUCCCUGGAGCACAUGGAGGAGGGGCAGCCCGUGGACCUGGCCUGCAACAACUACCACAUGAAGCAGUUCCUGGAGGCCCUGCUGCGCAACAGCUCGGCCCAGAGGAAGGAGGACGUGGUGCAGCACUUUGUGAGGGGGUUUGAGGGCAGGACGGAGGACGCAGGGGUGGCCAUGAGCUCCAUGGUGGACAUUCACAGCGACUGGUAUGGUGAGGACACAGGUGACGUGCUGGUGGUGCCAAUCAAGCUGCACAAGUGCCCCUUCUGCCCUUACACGGCCAAGCAGAAGGGGAUCCUGAAGAGGCACAUCCGCUCCCACACCGGGGAGAGGCCCUACCCCUGUGAGACCUGUGGGAAGCGCUUCACCCGCCAGGAGCACCUCCGGAGCCACGCCCUGAGCGUUCACCGCUCCAACAAGCCCAUCAUCUGCAAGGGCUGCAGGAGGACCUUCACCAACAGCCUGUCCCCGGGGCUGCGGCGCUUCGGGCUCUGCGACAGCUGCACGUGCGUCACCACCACCCACGAGGACUCCGUGCCCAUCAACCUCAGCCUCGUGGAAACGGCCUCUGAGGGCCAGGAGAAGGGGGAUGCCGACAGCGACUGGCCCAUCUACGUGGAAUCCGGGGAGGAGAACGACCCGGCCGACGAGGAGGAGGAGGAGGAGGGGGAUGACAAGCAGGAGAUCCACAGGAGUUUGUCGGACAGGGAAGCGCUGAUGUAGCAGUGGGAGGGGAGAGGGAGCACCGGGAGCCUCCCCUGGCAGCAACAGAAAACUGCACGUUUGCCCCAGUUAGUGACACUGUGCUGGUUUUUAUUCCUUUUUUUUUUUUUUUUUUAAUAGAACGGUGGGGAAAAUCGGAAUUUUUAACGCUUUUUAAGUCUUCAGUGCUGUGCACCAGAAAUCUGUGAAGAAUCUCCUGUCUGGGGUUCGCAGAGCUUGGACUUGAGCAAUUUCUCUGCCUCUCUGGUUUUGAGUUUGCAGGUGGUGGGACAUCUCUGUGUUGUUUUGAUAACAGGUUUCUUCAAACAGUGCUGUUGUGGUCCUCAAUCCCUGACCUGAAAGGGGCACCACCUUCUCUCUGAAGAUGACAUGAAAUGUAGUUUACAUCUGAAGAUGACAUGAAAUGUAGUUUACAUCUCUUACCUUGGGACUUUUUAAAUCUUUAAACUGUGAUCCUUCUGUGUCAGGACAGUAUUACCUAAACUGUAAACCAGGAGUGUUUGCUUGGACUGGGUUUGACCUGGAAACCAGGGCAGAAAAACCAGGAUAACAAAAAUAUGCUGCUGCUGAAGGGAUAGACAGUAAGAAUAGUUGUAUUUCACGUGUCCUUAAUCGCAGGAAUUUGGAGAUCAAGUUUCUCUUCCUGAAUUUUUACUGCAUCUUCCUCUCUCAAGAGCUCAGGCUGCAGAUCUUCAGAUGUGUCUUUAAUGUCACUUAGACAUCAGCAGUCUUGGCUUGAGAAAUAUUAAGCAAAUGAUGGUGUCUGGUGGCCUGGUCUCUUGGUUUAGAAGUGUGAAAUGCCCAAAUUCUCUUCAGCUUUUUACAGCAGGAGUUAAAAGCUGUCGAGCAGGUUCCUUGGGAAUUCUGACACUGACAGAUUAAAAAGUAGAUCCACAGCUGGUGUGGCUGAGGAGCAGUGAAGUAUCCAGAUCUGCUGUAACAGAGCUCUGAACACCCUUUUUGAAUCCCUUUCACUAUAAUUUCUUUUAGAAUUUGGGGAUCCUUCUCAUGGUUUAUGUUGCUGUGUGAAUUUCCCUGAGUAUUUUUUUAUUUUUU